GACCACGCAUAAAGAUCAUUGUCAACUACAGCUUGUAACAAAAUGUGACCUAGAAAAUACGUUGCUCUAAAAAUACUUAUAUAGUGUAGAUAUGAAAAGAGGAAGUAUAUUAGGAUAUGAUGUCGGAGUCAUACGUUUUAUAAUGAUGUAUAAUUCUGUAUCAUUAUGAUGGAAAAACGGAUUGAAGAUGGCUGAGAACCACAUACUUACAACAAAUAGAUGUCAGCGAGUUUUACACACACCCCAGAAAAAUAUUGGUGCCCAGGCAUUGUUAAAUAUAUCAGAAUGUUCACACAGUGGAUAUCUGGCAAAACGAGGAAGGCGGGAACGAAUCGUGGAACGAUUUAACUUACCACAAAAACCCAUCUUUAAAGAUAUUAAAAAAUGGAGGAAGAGGUUUGUUAUAAUAUCACAAGGUUGUGUUUAUAUUUAUGAUAAGGAAUCGUCCAGAAAUCCUCAUAAAGCUUUUCCAUUGGCCGGUUACAAUCAAUUGUUUAAGAUGGGAUCAGAUAAUGAUGAAUUAAUAUUUAGAUUAGAAGGAUUAUAUCCACAAAUGAAGGAAUAUCAAUUUUCGUGUUCUUCUGAAGGUGAACGGAAGGAAUGGAUGAAACAGUUAAGGGAAGAAAUGUGCAUAGCAAACAACGUGGAACCAGAUCAAAUGCCUUCGGGUGGGUCUGUAACAGAUGAUGACGUGUAUGUAUACCUUCAAAAACCAAUAAAGGAAGUGGAAAAUGUUCAAGACGAUGAACUUUAUGAUGAUGCUGGUGAUGAUGCUGGGGGCGAGAACGAAGAGUAUGGCAGUGAUGACGAUAGUUAUGACGAAAUACCAGAAGGUUUAGUUGUACCAAGAAACCGCAUGCCAUUGCCACCCACGCCCAAAGAUAUGAGGAAAAACACCAUGGACUCUAAAAACACAUCACUGAAACCAAAUGCAGCAUUACAGCCACCAGCAAAGAAUGUUCCAGUUGUAAAAACAAAACCCCCAGUACCGAUGUCUUCAACACAGAACGUGAAUCCGCCGAAAAAGAAACCUCCUUUACUGCCACCAGAUCAGAACGAUUCUCCUGUAAAGAAAAAAGUGCUGCCAGUACCAGUACCACAGAACGAUUCUCCUGUAAAGAAAAAAGUGCCGCCAGUCCCGCAGAACGAUUCUCCUGUAAAGAAAAAAGUGCCGUUACCACCUACAUCUGAUAAACGCCAAACUAAUCCAAAGCUUCCUUCAAUGGCGAAAGAUACAAAGGCUAAUGGUAAGUUUUCAAAGUUGCCACCUUUAUCGGAAAAGGAUUAUUUGUUCCCUAGUAGCGACAGACAAGAAGCAGCCAAGAUUUUAAAACACGGACCAGUUGGAACAUAUUUAGUGCGUGAUUCAAGAAGUGAUGGGACUAAGGUUUUAGCUGUCAACACGGAGGAUGACGUCAGAGAAUACAAAGUUUUCACACAGGGCAAUAAAGUUUCCAUAGAUAAAAAGACAUACCAUAAUUCAAUGAGAGAUUUACUCAACGUUUAUUCUGAAAAUAAUUUACCAAGAAGAGACAUAACACUGGGAAAAGCUUACAGUAAUCUAGAUUUAUCAGCUAUUUAAUUGGGCUGUAUACAAUCUGAUUAAAACACAGAUGCUAUUUCGUUUCGUUUUUUAUAGUUCAAAAUUUCGUUUUAUUUGUCUGUACUACACUGGGAUCUGGAAGAGUUGUUAUAUAACAGGCGUUCUUGGUAGGCGUGAGGGAUAAGCCAAUGAAACCAUUUGUUACCGCGACUUCUUGGCGUGCCAUGAACGGAACUGUAUGGGUAAACCACUAGAAACGUCAACGCCGACUGAUUAGUCAAUGUCUGGCGUCAUAGGGUCAAAAGCCGCUUUACGACCCCUGACGCGACCUUCCAGUUAGAUUUUCAUGUAGUGUAGGCCAUCGAAAAUAUAAAAAACGAAACGAAAUAUAGAUCUGUAUUUUAAUCAGAUUUGGACUGUAUAUUGGUGGCAACAAAACGCAAAUUGUUAGCAUUUUGAAGUUAACGUAUAAAGGAAGCAGUAUAAUUUGUAAUUAACGUAGUCUGAUAUUUUGUGUAGCCUCUGUUCAUCAGAAAUCUUUGUCUUUCCUAAGUAAACGAGAAGUGGUAUUAGGUGUUCUAGAAUACGAUGUUUAAGAGUUUAGGGAUAUAGAUUGUUAGGAAGUUUGAUUUCAAAUGUCGACAUUUUAAAGAUGCUUUAUGUAAGAGCUAAAUCUGCCUAUUGCAGGUUUAAUUUGGCUUCAAAUGUUAUAUAAAUUAUUAUUUAGACAUUAAUCACAAGAAAAGCCUAUGAUACACACUCUAGACCAUCGGAUGGCGGAUAUGUUAACAGAUUGAAAUAUGAUCGCCAUUUAAUGAUUUAAUUUAAAAAUACAGAUGCGAGACUGAGUCUCGAUUAAAAAGUAACGUUGCUACGAUAAUAAACAAUCUAUGCCACGCCGUGUCAAAACAUCAAACAAGGAUAACGUCGCUCAGAAAUAAAGUAAUUUGAAUGAAAUUUUCAAUAUAUUAGGUCUUCGUCGUCAGUCGAAAACAAAAUUCUCAAUUUGAAGUGAAGGGGCUAUACAGUAUCGACAGUAAAUGCAAAAUUUGUGCACAAUGCCUCGCCUUGUGUAUGUAAGUUCUUAGAUAUUCGACAGUUAGCUCAAAGUGAUAAUAUAAUAUUAGUUUAAAAUAUUUUGCAUAUGUUAUUUGUCAAAGAUACAUUAUGUAAGAUUUAGAUAAUUCCAUUCAUAUUACUUUAUUCUGAGCCAAGUUUGUUGUUUUGACAAGAUGUGUGCAUUGAUUGUUUACUAUCGUAACCACGGUACUGGUAUAUUCGAGGCUUAGCCACUUUGCCGCACCGUUCUAAACUGUGUGAUUUGAUGAUAUAUAUGGACUAAAAAACCUAUUCAAACUAAUUAAUCUAUCAAAAAUAGGCCUCGGAUCUCUCUCAAAACUUUCGAUUCGCGAGGAGAUACUCCAAGCUAUAAAAAAAUCUAUUUUUAAAAGCCAUGUUUGUAACUUGAUUGAAGGAGGGCACAUUUUGCAGAAUGUAACUGGUAUUACUUACUGUCCAUUUACCAUACAUAUUGAGGUCUAAGUAUAUCCCUGAAUUAUUUUCUGCCUACUUCUUUGUCCGCUAUUUGAUUGCUGUUCCAUAUAUUGAGGGCUAAGUAAAUUCUUGAAUUAUUUUCUGCCAAUUUCUUUUUCAACUUCUGCCAACUUGAUUGCAGAGUCUGUUACACCUCUCAGUGUUCCCAUAACAGCCUAACCAUUCUGUCAAGAAUAAAAACUGUUCCCAAGGUCAAGCUGGCAGACAAUAAGCCGUCCGUUAUUAGAAAUAACCACCCUAUAAAUACAUUCGUGAGAAUGUAUCAUUAAAGUGAUAAUACCCCUUUAAAUUACAUUAAUACUUAGAACCUGGUUGAGCGUAUCUUACAUCGUUUUAUUUUGUCCGGGUCAAUCUUUCAACGAACGCGUUAAAUUAUAAUGUUUUGAUAAUGUUUUGCUGCAAAUCAAAACUUAAACCUUACAAUACAAACAUAAACAUUGAAAGGUACUCAUCUCCAGUGGCUCGCCUUAAUGUGGGCAUUUGUAUUCAUUAGAAUAAUGUUUGUUUUAGGUGUUGUCAUGGAAACCAGGACAAAAUAUUAUCAAUUAUGUAUAUAUAAAUAUUAUCUAUGAAGAUUAUUGCAAUAACAUUUCCAAUAAUAUUAUUUAAUUCAAAAUGUACAACCUGCUGUAUAUAAAUCAAUUUUUAAUUUUUUAAUUAAUAAUGAUAACCA